UUCCCCAAAGACGCCAUAAACCAAAUGACCCGAUUCUCAUCUCGUCCGUGCCCUAACCCAUACCCAGUCCUCCCAUUAACAACCGAUUUUUUUUUUUUUUUUUAAAUUUAUAAGUAUUGUUUUCUGAGUUUUUAAAUUGCAAAGUUCCAGUCCUCUUUCUCCGAAAUUCAAAUUCCGCGCGUCUAUGGAUUCUAACGGCAUAAUGUUUUUAGGGCAAAGAGGAAAUUCGAAUCCUGCAUCCGUACUUGCUGCUCUCAUGAGUAAGAGAGAGAGGUUCCGAGAAGAGCUCCGGAAUAUUGAAAAACAGGUGUAUGAUUUAGAGACAAGCUACUUACAAGAUUCCGGCCAACAUGGAACUGCAUUGAAAGGUUUUGAAGGGUUUCUUUCUUCUUCAAAGAACACAGCAAACUUGAAGAGGUCCAGGAAAUUGCAGCCAGAAGAUAGAAUCUUCUCGUUGUCUUCAGUUACCUCACCAGCGGCCGAAGAACUUGGAGUUGGACGCGAUGAUGCAAGAUCUGAUUAUGGCCCUGGUAGAUCUAAGGCUGGAGGCUUACCUUCAAAUGGACAGGGUAAACCAAAGAAGGGAAGAACAGCUUCAGCAGUAAGGGAUGGAAAGAGAAACAGGGCAUUAAGUGAAGCAGAUUUUGAUGAUGAAGAUGAUCCAGAUAUGAGCUUGAGAUGAUUGCAUUUGGAGGAGUUUGUAAGUUGUACUGUAGUAUCAGAUAAUGUGUUUAAGCUUAGUUUGUGUUAGAUAAUGAAUGUGAUUAAGUUGAACUGCAUAGCAUAGGAAUUAGAAAGAGCUUUGAAAUUGUUUUCUUAAGUUAUUUCUACUCCUGUAUUUGACCACUACCUGAAUUAUGUUGUCAUAUUGUUUGAGAACAAGCUAGGAAUUUUCAGUCUAACGGGCCUAAAUGUGUUAGGCUCUAAUAUCA